ACCCUGUGCAAGCAUACGUUCCUAUCCAUCCGAACACGCACGCCCUUGGUUUGAAACGCCUAUUAUUGGUCGAUCAAUAGGACACAAUUCACGCUCUGAUACCUUAUCUCGAUCAGUCAUCCCUCUAUAUAUAGCUCCAUACUCAAACCGUUACUUGUACAACUGAACUUGAAGGCAUCAGUGUACAAACGCACAAGCUCUUCGGGAAGCAGUUGUACUGGCUCGACUCAGUGAAGAAAACCUCUUACAACAUGACUUCGUCAACAAAUAGCAGUGAUGUGAUGCAGGGUAGGCCAAGGAGAUUGAUACUAUGGUGUCUCCCUCGAACUGGAUCAACUGUCUUAGCCAAAUGUCUUAGUUUCCUUGAUGAAGAUACCCAAGUAUGGUUUGAACCUUACAACCUCUGUCGUUUGGCCAGUAUUAAGGUUAAGAAAGAAACUGGUCAUGCCAUGCCUAAGGAGCCCAAUGAAGAACUCUUGAAGAAGAUACAGAAUGAAAGUUCAGAACAGAAAAAUGACUCCCCACCGAUGAAAGUAGAUCCAAAGCUCCUCACAUAUGGAGGUGUGAGGGAUGCCCUUGACGAGUCUGAAAGACGUACUGUGGUUGUUAAAGAGAUGGCUGUGGCAAGCUAUGAUUCUUACGAUUACAUUCCUAAGGGAUACCGACAUAUCUUAGUGAUCAGGGAUCCAACAAGGGUGAUAUCGUCGUUUAGGAAAAUGGUCAUGAAAAAUAGAAUCGAUCUACCACCCGACGCCGACCUUGAGAAGGUCCAUCCUACGUAUCCAACUCAUCACUGGUUUGGGGAGAUGCAUGCCCUGUGGAAGCACUUCACCAAAGUCGGAAUAAACCCAUUGAUCAUUGAUACUGAAGACUUCUUGGCCAACCCAAAACCAUUCAUCAAGAAGAUCUGUGAGGUAAUGGAUGUCGAGUAUCGAGAUGGACUCCUAGAAUGGGAUGCAUCCACAGACGUUAUCAAGACCUGGAAAAAUGGCUGCCCCGAUGCAUACACUAGCGAAAGGAUGUCACAGUCUCAGACAUUCAAGCGAGCUUAUGAGAGCUCAGGAUUUGCACAGACAGACCCUAAACCGCUUCCUCAAAAUCUAACCCAAGAUGUCUUCCGUAUAAUAGCUCAGUGUGUGGAUAGCUAUAAUGAAAUGUACCCACAUCGUUUUGUACCUGAAUAAACUUAGGCUUGUUUCUGAAAUUUGGUGUAUUAGUCAAGGAUGUUUUCUUUAGAUUGUGACCUCGAUUUUUGUGUUUUUCUCAAUUGCCUUAUCCUAGGCUAUGGUGAUGAUAAUAAAAUCACGUUUGUUAUCUAUUUAUUUACGCCAUGUAAAGUAACAAAAUACGACUCCAUCUUCCCGAUCCUUCAUUCCUCACACUGGCUGCCAAUUGACUGCUCUGGACACCCAGAAGAAAACACCGAUGGGGGGGAUCAUGCUUUCGCAUGACCCCCCAUUUUGCUCAUUUUCUGAAAAUCGCAUUUUGCUCAUUUUCUGAAAAUGUGAAUGGAACAUAUCAUUUUAUUUGAGGUUAAAAUUAAAAGAAUACUAAAAUAACCAUUUUGAAAGAUUGCAAGCCUUUAUUUUGGAGUAAAUGCCAAAUUAGUUUAAAAUCGUUGCCAAUCGUACGACUGCUAUGACGUCAUUACGACUAGAUUUUAAAUUCGCUUUUAUUCCAAGAAGGUUGAUAGCUUAGUCACAGAUUUCUACAUAGGUAUUCGUACGAUGAUUUAGAACAUACACAUUAAUAUAUUCCAAGUCUGAAUAUUGGCAUCAAAUUCUACUAUAAUUUAUUCUGAAAUCGGGUCGCAGACCAAUCGCAAGGUAUGCGGUCGCCUUUAGUCAUAGGACCAAGCUAUGGAAUCAACUGACAAUAUCAAAUUA